CAACGUCACACAGAGCAGCUGAUGCAGCUUCGAUGGCGAUUCCAGCAAGGCACUAGGCAAUCUGCAAGGGAGCGAUGUUCCUGUCGCGGCGGCUCUUGGGGCCCCCGAAGAGCCCCAGGAACGUCUUCUUCCCAUGGUUCAACUUCAUCAUGGCGAAGACCGGCACCUACUUGGAGCCGAACCGCGCAGCCUUCCGGGUCCCCGUGCAUUUGACCAAGCCGGAGAUCCAGAAUUACUUGCGCGAGAUUUACAAGGCGAAAGUCAUCAAGGUGAAUACCUACAUCAAGCUUCCCAUGAUCCGGCGGAACUCCUUCGGGGACUACUAUAAGAAUGGCACCUCCUACAAGAAGGCCAUCGUGACCUUCGAGGAGACCAUCCCAGACGAUGUGAAGAUGGUCUACAAUUCCAAGCAGCCCUGGAUGAACCCGGCGCUCACGAAGUAUGACACGCCGAGUAUCCGGCGAUGGAAGCCCUUUCGCCCAGGUGCCAAUCGUCGGAGGGAUUGGCAACCACGACAUCCCUUGGCCUGGGCCGAGCCGGUCCCGACCUUGCUGCGGGGCGACGACUUCCCUCCGCCCAAGAGGGGCGACACCGUCUUGCCGGACCACACCAAGCCCUUUCAGCACUACGGCCAGGCAAAGGAGAUUCCGACGGGAACCCCUCCACAGGAGUUCCCGAAGAUCGAUCUGGUCCGACGUCGGGUCUGUCAGCUGGAGCGGCUCCAGUGAGCCUGGCUGCAUGACAUGUGCAUGACCAGCCACUGACCAUGGCCACUGAAAGUCCUGG